AUGAGCACUGUAGUAGCUCUGCUGUUCGUCCUCUGCAGCUGUGCCCCUGACGGACAGCUUCAGCACAGUGACAACCCUAAAACUGACAACACCGUACAGGUCUACCAAGAUGGGGACGAGGGCCAUGAUGAAGACGUUCCCAUGAACAACCAUCUGACUGAAACAGCCGUCGUGGAAGCCAGGCUGAGGGUCAGCGAGAGCCAGGUGGAGGAACAGAGAGUCCUACUCCAGGAGCUGAGAGCCAUUGUGGCUCAACAGAGCACCAAACUGAAUGAGAUGGGAGCCACCAUGGAGGAACAGAGAGUCCUACUCCAGGAGCUGAGAGCCAUUGUGGCUCAACAGAGCACCAAACUGAAUGAGAUGGGAGCCACCGUGGAGGAACUGAAGAGAGAGAACAGAGAGAGACCGAAGGUGGCCUUCUCAGCCUCGCUGUCUGAAUCCAAAGGACCAAAUAGUGAUGAUGGCAUCCUGGUCUACAAACAUGUCUUCAACAAUAUUGGUGAGGCUUACAGUCCAGUGACAGGUAUCUUCAGAGCACCGGUUAAUGGAGUCUACUACUUCACAUACACUGCCUUUACAACCUCCAGCAAGAAGAGAAGAGUGUCGCUGUAUAAGACUUCUAAUGGAGACUGUGACCGAUGGUGA